AUGGAUCUCCCGCCGCCGAACCAGCAGGUGACCCGCGUCCAGCAGCAACGGCCAGACCUCCGUUUCAUCUUCUUCCUCAUGAUGAUGUUCUGGAUGAUGCAGUCGAACGGGACGCAGGGGCCGUCGCUGGCGGACCAAGUCUCGACGGGAGAUGUGUCGGCUGCGGAAGCCUACGCGAACGCGCGGGCAGGGCUGCUGCGACGAGAAGCGAGGCGCGAGGGGAUCGCACGGUGGCUCGGAGUGGGCAAUCAGACGGGCGAGUGGCUCAACUCGACCUACUUUCCCGAAGUCGCCAACGGGACGGCUCCUCCCGCCUCAAACGACACGGCGUACGAAGCCUAUCGGAUCGAGAACUACGCUCCUCAUUCUGAUGGCGAACUUACACCCGUUCCGCCGCUUGUGCGCGACAUCUUUGCCGACAAUACGCCGAAGGACGAGGGCGACUACCGGCUGUACCAGCAGAACUUGACUGGGUUCGCCAAGGGCUCGUGGCAUGCGCGAAGGUUCUCGUUUGAGGAGCUCGGGCUGAAUGAGACGUGGCAGGAGACAAGGGUCGUGGUGAAGAAGCCGGAGGAGACGGACAGGGCGGCAGGGAACGAGACCAACGCAGCGGAAGCCGCGACACGACUGUUGCGACGACAAAAUGACACAGCAUCGACAAACCUCACGACUGUCGUCGACACCUUCAACCGCACAUCCUUGCGCGGCUCCUUCCCCUGGCUCUCGUCCCUCACCGCCAACCCCUUCACCCUCCGCAAGACCCACCCAGCGAUGUUCAACCUCCGCUCACUCCAGACCUCUGCGACUGGUCCGAUCAUGCCUCUACCCUCCAACCCAACAUUGGUGGACGAGGGAGAGCUGCUGCGGAUGAGGCAGGAUGAUCCGGCCACUUGGCAGGAUUGGGAGAAGGAGGGUCCGGCGGUGUACGUUGGAGGGCAGCUGACGCUGAGUGUGCGGGACGAGAAGGGCGUAAACGAGGAGGAGUCGCUCGAGCUCGAUAUCGAGGCUAUUCACCUUCUAUCGAGCGGACGCGUCUAUGGCUACGCAACGCCAUCCUUCGUUCGCACGCACAUGGUCGAUGCCAUCUCGCUCCCGCUCAUGUCCUCUUCCUCGCCCUCGCCGAACCGAACAGCAAGCGCCAUCGGCCACACAGUGCUUAAAGAGUACACUCGUCGACUUGACAAAGGCGUCAAAGACCUCGCCGAAGCAGACCGGAUCGAGAUACCCUCGUCGAGCGAGCCGGGCGAAGCGGACCCGUCCAUCUCGCAGUGCAUCUUCUCCCUCUACGGCGCCCUCUCUCCGCUUCCCGCCUCGUACACGCCAACGCAAUACGCAGAAUGGUAUUCCUCGCUCUUCCACCCCACCGGAUCCUCCAUCGCCCAACCCUCCCAAUCAACCUUCUCCGCCAUCCUUUCCUCACCCAAUUGCGGCCUCGUCCUCUCCGUCCCGUCAGCCGUUCUCUCCCAAACCUCCGAGCUAUGGGACUCGGCAACUCGCUUCGCGGGCUGGCUACUUCUCGCGCAUGCCGCGGUGCUCGUCUUGAUGGUCAGGCAGCUCGAACGCGUGUCGAGAAGGCCUGGAACGGUCGCAAAUGUUGCGCCGCAGAGUAUUGCGGGAAACUGCAUCGUCGACGCGUAUGUAUUCGUGACGCUGCUCACGAUCGGGAUUGUCACUGAAUCUCGCGCCACCCUCCCCCUCCUCGGCGCCGCCUUCCUCGCCCUCCUCUCAUCCCUCCUCUUCGGCACGCGGUACAUCGCCCUCAUCCGCGAAGGAACACCCGAUCGACCUGCCGCUGCUCGCACCGAGCCCUCACAGACCGCUGCCGCGGCAGAAAGCGGUGAGGCGGGUACGACGACGGGAGAUGCGAGCGAUGAGCGCGAAGGAGUGGUUGUGAGGUGGGCGAGGCGGCAGGUUGCGCAGUGGCGGAGACGGGACACGAUUCUCGCUGUCUCGCUCGGCGUGGUCGCCUACUUCGCAGUCUCACUGCUCAUGCGUGGCUGGACGCCUUUCAUCCUCUGGAUCGUCUACUCGAACUGGAUCCCGCAAAUCGUGCUCAACGUUCAUCGCGGCACGGCGAGGCAGUCGCUCGCUAACGAAUUCGUCAUCGGAACGACAGUCGCGCGGCUGUUCCCGCCGUUGUACUUCUGGGCGUACGAGGGCAAUUGCUUGCUGGUCGAGCCAACACCCAAGGUCUGGUACCUCGCCGCCUACUCCGUCGCCCAAGCAACCAUCCUCGUCCUCCAGUCGCUCUUCUCGACGCCGACAUCUCCCGCUACUCGCAUCCUUCUCCGCCUUCCCUUCUUCUCCUCAGCCACGACAGGCGGCGGCGCUCGCUUCUUCCUCCCCGACCCGCUCAUCACGACACUCGAGCUGCCUUCCAUCUCGAGCUGGAACUACCACCCUCGCGAACUCCCGCCUGCACUUCUCGCCGACCUCGCCUCGCAAGAACUCGAAAUUGGCGGAGGCGACAAAGCCUCACACGACUCGCACGCGAAGGUUGCGCCCGAACCCGACUGUCCGAUCUGUCUCUCGCCGAUCCAGGUGUUGCCGACGAAGGACGACGUCGCGCAGGGCAAGGAGGACGAGGUCAGGAUGGCUUUCGCGAUCACGCCGUGUGGGCACGUCGUGCAUACCGAAUGCCUCGAGCAGUGGAUGAUGGUCAGGGCGAUCUGUCCCGUAUGUCGGGCGAGUUUGCCUGCGCUGGCGACUUGA